AUGCCUUAUCGACCCCCUCCCUCCGAGAAUUCUGACUCAGACAUGGAACAUUCAAGGUAUGUCUCGAACCCAGAGAGAGCGGUAUCAAAACAUGCCAUGGAAGAUGCACGCCGUGCACCAAAAAGCAUGGCACAAUGCAAGGGAAAGAAAAAGGAUAAGACAAGACGUGACAACCAAGAUGUUUACAAGAGCGCCGCGUGCUGGAUUUCACGUGGGAUCACUCUGUACGAUGAUCUCCAUGAUGUUUUCUAUGUUGGCAUGCUGGCACAUCAAACUCAGAUGACGAGACCGAUGGCAGAGUUUCUGCUCAUGAUCUUCGCAUACAGGCAAAAGGACCAGAAGAAGCUAUACUUGAAGAUCUUCAAACAGGUUCUCAACCUCAUUCCUGGUUUCUCUGUCAAGGUUGAGUCUGAAGGUAACAAAGACUCUUUUCUUACAUUGCUUGAUAUGAUGAUCAAAAGCAGCUCCAACGCUCGUGCAGUGGACACGACACACAUGAAGAAGUUUGUUGCUGAGUACGCACCACUUGAUCUGGUCACGCAGCCGUUGAAACCGGCACUCGUGCUGGCCAACAAAUGUGAUUGUGGGUUUUCACAUCCAAUGCUUGCGCAUCUUUUGUGCCCCAACAAGUAUUUUGCAAGCUUUGACAAGGAUUUCACUGGCGCCUGUAACAAGCUCAAGAACAACGAGAUUAAGGUCUUGGCCAAGCAUUGGCCCGCCUUCAUAUACAAGGACUACCAGUACGACCCAAGCGACCGCAAGAAGGGAUUAUUCCGCGGUCACCUCCUUAUCUGCGCAUGGCGCGCUAUAUACAUAGGCCCGUCAGCAGCAAGGCUAGGCCCCGACAGCAAGAUAGCUCGCACAAAGAGCAGCAACGCAAAACUGCAUGGCGCUAACGUCGUAACACUGCAGACUAUUGUGUAUGCCGCUUGCCAGGCAUGCUUCGCUAUCAGUUCCAUUGAGAUGUGGAGCCCGGAUGAUGGCACAUUCAACUAUCCAAUCUUUUACAGGCGGAUUGUGGAGCUUUUUGAAAGGUACCAAGCUGAUAAGUGGACAAAGGAUGCCCUUGCAUGGUGGAACAAGAUGGUCUUUGGGGAUGAAUCAGGAUGUGCAAUACCCAAUUCAGGAGGUGAAAGUGACACAGAUGGGUCUGACACACAGGCCACUAGUCUGGACACCGGCGUGCGAAUUUCUGCUGCACCUUCGUUGGGCCCGGCACUUGAAGCUAGCAACUUGACGACAGUGGCCCUGAACAUGCUUGCAACAACAGCUUCUCGCAUGAAUGCCCCCAGCGCCAACGACACAGACCACACAAUAACAACUGGCUCAUCAAGUCUGCCGCCUCUCAGACAACUCGCCACCCAGUCCUCUUGUCAUGGUCAAAGUAACCGGCGCAUGUUGUUGCACAUCCUGGAUGAAGACGAGGAUAAAGAUGAAGACAUGUACCUGGAUGGUAGGCCCCGUGGCAGCUUGUCCAAGAGUUGCAUGCAUGACGGGGAAGACGGCACUACACGCCAAUCACGCAAGCGCAAGACCCUCGUGGACGACGACUCUGACACUGCUAACAACAACACCGGCAACGUCUUGUUGAGAGGGGACGACAACCACGAGCACGACAACCACGACGAUGACAUCCACGACGACAUGGCGCCGCAAUUGCGCAAGCGCACGGCCUCGCACGCUCAGUACGAUGAUGAUAGUAGCCGCACCUCGAAAGCACGCAAGGCCAAGAUGAACGCUGGCGCUACGUCGACUUCCAAGGGCAAGGGGAGGUCUUAG